AUGUUUUGCUCGAGGACCUUUCUGGCGACUUGGGCCUGCCUGGCUCAGCUGGGCGCCGCUCAGAUGCUGGCCUUCACAACAUGGCCAACCCACAUCUACCAGGGUAAACCAGCUACGGUGACUUGGUUGGGGGCUCCUGAUGUUCCUGCCACCAUUUAUCUGCGCAAAGGUGAUGCAAACAACCUCGACCACGUCCAAGUCUUGACUACCGAUGCGAAAGGCGGGUCCUUCACUUUUGUUCCCGACGAUUCCUUACCCGAUGGUUCAGACUAUGCCUUGCAAAUCCAGCAAGGUGCCGAGGAGAACUAUUCUGGACUGAUCACACUCGGGAACCCUGGCAGCAAGCCACCAAGUCCUCCGAUGCCCCCAAGUCCUUCGAAGCUCCCGAAGCCCACAGAGGAUGCUAAGCCGCAGAACAUCUCCACACCCACCCCUCAGGAUGACGCCUCAUCCCAUCACGGCACCGACACCUCACCUGGCGACGACUGGGAAACAGAAGUCGCCAAGGGUAACAAUGCCCAGUUCACCAAUGUUGAAGAUAUGUCGAAGGGAUCUAAUUCAAACUUCACUCACGGCAAAAGCGCAAUGGCGGCUAAGUUAGAAACUAGCGGAGCUUCUAUUGAAAACGUGUACCUUGGCUGGGUCCUGGCGACAGUAGGCGUCUUGUUUUAUGUCGCCGAAUAG